CUUCCUGCCUUCCGCGCCCGCGCCGCCCACCGUCGCCGCGCCCCGCUGCCCCCCGCCCGCCGCCCACCGCCGCGCCCGCCGGCGCCUCAGAGGUGCCCCCGGCCCGGCCGGGUCACCGCCCCGCCCGCCGCCCCUCGAGCCGCUUUGUCUCGGGCGGGGCGCGCGGGAGCGGGCCGCCAGGUGCCCCCGCCGUGGGCCCGGGCCCCCCGCCCCGGGGCGGCGGCGGCGGCGGCGCCGGGCCCCGGGGCGGGGGGCGCGCCGGGAUGGGCCCCAAGCGGCGGCAGCUGACGUUUCGGGAGAAGUCGCGGAUCAUCCAGGAGGUGGAGGAAAACCCGGACCUGCGCAAGGGCGAGAUCGCGCGGCGCUUCAACAUCCCGCCGUCCACGCUCAGCACCAUCCUCAAGAACAAGCGCGCCAUCCUGGCGUCGGAGCGCAAGUACGGUGUGGCCUCCACCUGCCGCAAGACCAACAAGCUGUCGCCCUACGACAAGCUCGAAGGGCUGCUCAUGGCCUGGUUCCAGCAGAUCCGCGCCGCCGGCCUGCCCGUCAAGGGCAUCAUCCUCAAGGAGAAGGCGCUGCGUAUAGCCGAGGAGCUGGGCAUGGACGACUUCACCGCCUCCAACGGCUGGCUGGACCGCUUCCGCCGGCGCCACGGCGUGGUGUCCUGCAGCGGCGUGGCCCGCGCUCGGGCGCGCAACGCUGCCUCCUCCCGACCCCCGGCGGCGCCCGCCAGCCCUGCCUCGGUGCCCUCGGAGGGGAGCGGCGGCAGCGCGGGCCGGCGUGCUCGAGACGAGCAGCCUCCGUCGGUGGCCGAGGGCUACGCCUCACAGGACGUGUUCAGCGCCACCGAGACCAGUCUGUGGUACGACUUCCUGCCCGAUCAGGCCGCGGGGCUGUGUAGCGGUGACGGGCGGGCACGCAGGGGCACCCAGCGCCUGAGCGUCCUGCUGUGCGCGAACGCCGAUGGCAGCGAGAAGCUGCCCCCGCUUGUGGCGGGCAAGUCAGCCAAGCCCCGUGCAGGCCAGGGCGGCCUGCCCUGCGACUACACUGCCAACUCUAAGGGAGGUGUCACCACCCAGGCACUGGCCAAGUACCUGAAGGCGCUGGACUCCCGCAUGGCUUCCGAGUCUCGCCGUGUCCUGCUGCUGGCCGGCCACCUGGCUGCCCAGUCUCUGGACACCUCAGGCCUGCGGCAUGUGCAGCUGGCCUUCUUCCCGUCGGGCACCGUGCAGCCGCUGGAGCGGGGAGUGGUCCAGCAGGUGAAGGGCCACUACCGCCAGGCUAUGCUGCUCAAGGCCAUGGCCGCACUGGAGGGCCAGGAUCGCUCACGCCUGCAGCUGGGCCUCAUGGAGGCCCUCCACUUUGUGGCUGCUGCCUGGCAGGCAGUGGAGGCUUCGGACAUAGCUGCCUGCUUUCGGGAGGCUGGCUUCGGGGGUGGCCCUAAUGCCACCAUCACCACAGCCCUCAAGAGCGAGGGGGAGGAAGAGGAGGAGGAAGAGGAGGAAGAAGAGGAGGAGGAAGAGGAAGAGGAGGGGGAUGCAGAGGAGGAGGAGGAGGAAGAAGGGGAGGAGGGGGAGGAAGAAGGGGGUGAGGGGGAGGAGUUGGGAGAGGAGGAGGAGGGGGAGGAGGAGGGCGAUGUUGAUGACAGUGAUGAUGAUGAGGAGGAGGAGGAGAGCUCCUCUGAGGGCUUGGAAGCCGAGGACUGGGCCCAGGGAGUCGUGGAGGCUGGCGGCAGCUUUGGAGGCUACGGUGCCCAGGAGGAGGCCCAGUGCCCUACCCUCCAUUUCCUUGAAGGUGGGGAGGAUUCUGAGUCGGACAGUGAGGAAGAGGAAGAAGAUGAGGAUGAUGAUGAUGAUGAGGAAGAUGAGGACGAUGAUGAUGAGGAUGGUGAUGAGGUGCCCGUUCCCAGCUUCGGGGAGGCCAUGGCUUACUUUGCCAUGGUCAAGAGGUACCUGACCUCUUUCCCCAUUGAUGACCGUGUGCAGAGCCACAUCCUCCACUUGGAACAUGAUCUGGUCCACGUGACCAGGAAGAACCAUGCCAGGCAGGCGGGAGGACGGGGUCUGGGACAUCAGAGCUGAGCCACUGGGCCUAGCCAUGCCCUGAUCCAAACGUGGCAGCACCAGCCCAGAGGGCAAAGGACUCUCUGGGUGGCCGCUGUGGUGGAGCCAGAGUGGGGAGCCCCAGAUCCUUUAGGAAAGCUUCCCCUGGCCCUGUGACUAAUCCAGUCACCUUAAGAGGGCCCGGGGUUGGGGCUGGGGUCAACCUCACUGCCUGCUUAUUGCCUCUUUCUCAGAAUCCUCUUCCUUCCCCACUUGCCCCUGGGCCUGGGGGACCAGGUGGGGUGGGUGGGGAGCUGUCUGGUGCUACCACACCAUGCCAUCAGCGGACUAGAUCACAACUGCAGCCAGGGAUGGGCCCUGGACGCUCCCAGCCCGAGAGUGCCUGUCCCCUCUGCUGACCACACCAGGUCCUUGGUGGAGGGGUACCCCAAAGCCAUUGUGGGAAGGGCUCCUGGAGGAAGGCCAGGCCUAGGCUUCCCCAAGCCUGGCUGCCCCCAUUCCCCACCCCCGGGCUGCCUUGAGAAGCACAGUUGUAACUCACUGCAGGCUCCUGAGCCUGCCUCUGCCUGCUUUCCCACCUCCCCAAUCCCUUUCUCUGGCCCAGUCCAUGUCACUUUGGCGCUUGGUUUUCUUUCCAGACUGGAGAUUUCCCAAGAGGCCCUCUAGGGGAGUGAUGAUGGGUGCUUCCUGCAUGGGCAGCUGCAGGUCCCAGGCCUUGUCCCUCUCUGGUAGGACCCCAUCCUGGGCAGAGGGGACCUG